AUGAUGGGCAAACGUCGCCGUCCCUCCCAUCCGGACCGCGAAGUGGGCUCUGCCGCUCCCAGCCCGUCGAGGGCCCAGGUAGGGCUGGCGCCAGUCCUGCUCCGAGCCGCCACUGCGCUGGUCGAGCACGAGGGGGCCGGGACGCCACCUCGGCGCCUCGUCGCAGCAGCUGUCGUCUGGCGUCGCUGCGCCUCCUCUACCGCUGUCGCCGGCUCCCCUGCGGUGUCGGCCCCACUCCCUGCUCCGCCGCCCUCCUCCUCUGGCACCUCCUCCAUUGUCGUCGUCGGCCGGGGCACCCCUUGUGAGCCACCCGUCUUCGCCGCUUCCCUCCGCCUCUCCUCCUCCCGUCGAGCCUCCGCAGCGGCAGCAUCCCCUGGUUCCUCCGAUGUUGUGAAGGACAUCCUCCGUUGGGAGAAGCGGAUGGUGGCGGUUGGGGAGUGCAUGUCGCAUGUGGCGACCGUUCUCGAGCAGUUGCACGCCGGCUUGGUGGCGCGGAACCUCGUUCUCCGUGAUCCUCAGUUGACGGAGCCCCAGCAGGGUGUUGUCCGGGAAGCGGCGGCGCAGGGUCUCUGGCGCCUCCUCCAUUUGCCCAUGGAGCCCGAGUUCCCCGAGCAGGACAAGGGCCCUGGCGCGCGGGCUUUCCGGCGGGUAGCCAAGGCUGCGGAGGAGUCUCCCCUUGAGCUCGUGCCUACGCUCGCUGUUCUUUUGCGCUGGAUGCGCCCCUGGUUUUACCUGCCUCCUCAUUCGCUGGAGCAGGUUCAGGUUCUGGCCUAUCGUGCCUCUCCCGCCAAGGCCCUGCCCGUACUGGGCGUUCGACCCCGCCCACGAACGUCUGUCCCCCGCGGGCUCCGCGUCCUCCGCGCCCACCUCGUCCUGCGCCCCCCCGCUCUCCUCUCCCUCUACCCGUCGGUGGUCUCGUGCUACCCGUGGUUCCGCCGCGCCCGAUCGGCAUCCACGGCGUUCGUCCUCCUCGAGCCGAUCCCCAAGUCACCUCACCUAGGCGUGGCGAACGCCGCGUAUUUUGUGGUGCUGGUGCUGCCGAUUUUGCUGCUCCCGUCGCUCCUAUCAUCACUGCUUGUGGCUCCGCGGGUCCUUCAGCUUCAUCCACUUCCGCGUCAAUCACCGGGCGAGAGGAAGAUGGAGACGGACGCACUGGCUCUCAUGGCGGCAUCCCUUGUCGCAGCCAGCCCAGGAGGGGUCCCGGGGCGCCAGGUCCCAGCCCUGCUCCAGGCCGCCUCGGUGUUGGCUGGGCACGGAGCUUUUUCCCCGUCUUCUCGCGUGCGGCGCAACAAGUGGCGCAAGUCCCAGGCCCCAGUCUUUCACUACCCUCCUGGGCGCGCCCCCGCCUGCCUGCGGCCGCGGCAGCAUCAGUCGUUCCGGCGGACGCAGCGGUGGUCGGCGCAGCCUCUUCACUCGGGGGUCCCUCCGGUUGCCUCACUGCCUCCGCCACGACCGCCGCAAUCUCCGCCACCCCGAGCGGUGACGGCGAAUCUCCCCACACAUUUCGGGACUCCUCCCCAGCCUGGCCGUGCUCCUAUGGUGGCGGUGACGCAUUCGGGUGGUCAGGCGGGGGCGAGGCUAAGCCGUCGCCAGAGGCGACAGCAGUCACAGCAGCAGUCCCUUCCCCCACCAUCUCCGGCACGCUCCACAUGUGUUUGGCGCGGCAAGGCGUCGAGGUCGGGGGGAUGUUACCAUCGGAGCAAUCGGCAGCGGUGUCUGCGCGACGGAGAUGCUGCAUUAUCUCCCCCUGAUCGGCCUUGUCCCUGGCGCCCCUGGUGCAGCGCUCGGGCCCGGGCCUGGGGCGAUGGUGCGGCUUGCGGAGUCCGCCCAGCAGCCCCCCUCGGUCUUGUAUCAGCCGCCGCAUCCGUCCUGCGUUGGAUGGAUGGGAGGCUAUGCUGGAUACUCGCCGAGUAG